AUGCAGAAACUCAAGCCCCAUAUUGUUAUUGUCCCAGCAUCCUUUGCCCCACCGUCUCUAUACUCAGGUCUCGUUCAAAGCCUCGCAGAAUAUGGAUUAGAGUCUACUGUCAUCGGUCUCCCUUCUGUUGGAUUUCGCGAUCCAUUGCCAGCUGCCUUGAUGGAUCAAGACGCUGAGCACAUUAGAUCAACUACAACAAAACUAGCUGAUGAUGGCCAUGAAAUCGUCUUGGUGAUGCACUCCUACGGUGGAAUAUGUGGUACAGAAAGCACCGCCGGAGUUUCAAAAACCGAUAGACAAGUAGCUAGGAAACCGGGUGGUAUAAUACAUCUUGUUUAUAUCAGCUCUCCUGUACCUGAGAUCGGGGGGUCCGUCAAGACGAUGAUGGGCGAUAAUAUGCCCCAUUUCAUGAAGCUUGAGGGAGACUACCUCAUAUCUGAGCCCGAAGGCUGCGCGAGCGUCAAUUUCUCAGACCUUCCGAAAGCCGAAGCGUCGACGUAUGCGAAGCAAAUGACAGCGCAUUCGGCUGUGAGCUUUGCUGGGCCACUUCAAAACGCAGGAUACUUGGAUAUCCCCGUCGCAUAUAUAGUCUGUGAGAAGGAUAUCUCUGUACCUCCUGUUGUCCAGAGAUCUGUCAUUGAUAUGAUUUUCAAAAAGAGCGGUCGGGAGGUCAUCACGUUCGCUUGCAACUCUGGACACUUUCCUACUGUCAGUUCCCCAGGCGAGGUAUCAUCUUUUAUAAACAAGGUUGCUACUAAUGGCUUUCGAGAGUGGUAG